AUGGCAGCAGUUAGAGAGUCACGUGGCCCAGAUUCAGAUGGUAAUGGAUCUCUGACACCAUCAGAGCAGAGCGACAAUGAUGAUCGGAGUGAACAUGACUCAGACUAUGAAACAGAAGAUGAAGAUGAACGGCUUGAGCCCAGGGGAAAGGCUUUGAAUAUACAGUGGACUGGGUAUGGUAAAAGAGUUCCGGUGAUCUUGUUCAAUGCUGAGACAAUUCUUAAUAGAAGAACUGAUUUUAAAACUGUUGGUGAGCGCUAUCACCUAGCAUUUAAAUUUGCCUCAACUGACUGCAAGAUUGUCCGGAACAUUUUAUUAUCACAUGGUUUCCAUGAGGUUCACCCAAAUAGCACAGAAUACAAUUUAAUAUGGAGCAAUUCGCAUCUCAAGCCAUUUACUCUCAGAACUAUGUCAGAAUUUCAAAAGAUCAAUCAUUUUCCCAGAUCAUAUGAACUCACAAGAAAAGACAGAUUGUUUAAAAAUAUACAAAGAAUGCAGCAGACAAAGGGUUACAAACAUUUUGAUUUCAUCCCUCAAAGUUUUGUCUUACCUGGAGAUUAUCAAGAUUUCUGUUCAACUUACAUAAAAGACAAGGGACCGUACAUUGUGAAGCCGGUUGCGUCGUCCCGGGGCAGAGGUGUAUUUCUCAUCAACCAUCCUGACCAAGUUCCCUUGGAUGAGAAUGUGAUUGUGAGCAAAUACAUAUCAUCACCCCUGGUCAUUGAUGGCUUCAAGUUUGAUAUGCGCAUCUAUGUGGCCGUCACCUCGUACGAUCCACUUGUGAUUUACUUGUACGAGGAAGGACUGACCAGAUUUGCCACAGUCAAGUACGAGAAAAAUAUGAAGCACAUGAGAAAUCAGUGCAUGCACCUGACAAACUACAGUGUCAACAAGCGGAGCCAGGACUAUGUCAAGAAUGAUGACCCGGAUGUUGAAGACUAUGGCAAUAAGUGGUCUAUGGGUGCCAUGUUGCGAUAUCUGAGAUCUGAGGGAAAAGACACUGCAGCUCUUAUGAUGCGGAUUGAAGAUGUGGUCAUUAAAACCAUUCUUUCUGUUGAAUCAUCCGUCGCAACAGCAUGCAAGAUGUUUCAGCCCUUCAGGGGGAACUGUUUUGAGUUGUAUGGUUUUGACAUCCUUUUAGAUGAAACUCUGAAGCCUUGGGUUUUAGAGGUGAAUCUUUCUCCCUCGUUGGCAUGUGAUAGCCCUCUCGAUUUGAAGAUAAAAAGCAACAUGUUAUGUGACCUACUCAGUUUGGCUGGUGUUAUUUGUCACGAUCCACUAAUGCGAAGUCGUCAGCAAGUUAGCAAACAGGCAGCAGAAAUUACAGUCAAGUUGAAAAGCAAAUUGAAG